GGAGGAGGAGGGGGAGGGGGUGGGAGGGGAGAGGGAGAGGGAGGAGGAGGGGGAGGGUCCCUUCGCCGGGAGCGUUCGGGGGGGGGGGGGGGGGGGGGGGGGGGGGGGGGGGGGUGGGGGGGGGGGGGGGGGGGGGGGGGGGGGGGGGGCUGCAAGAUCAAGGCGCUGCGGGCCAAGACCAACACCUACAUCAAGACGCCGGUGCGGGGCGAGGAGCCGGUCUUCGUGGUGACGGGCCGGCGGGAGGACGUGGCCAUGGCGCGGCGGGAGAUCAUCUCGGCGGCCGAGCACUUCUCCCUCAUCCGCGCCUCCCGCAACAAGGAGGGGGCGGCGAACGGCGCGGCGCCGGCGCCGCCAGCCCUGCCCGGCCAGACCACCAUCCAGGUGCGGGUUCCCUACCGGGUGGUAGGGCUGGUGGUGGGACCCAAGGGCGCCACCAUCAAGCGCAUCCAGCAGCAGACGCACACCUACAUCGUGACGCCCAGCCGCGACAAGGAGCCCGUCUUCGAGGUGACCGGUAUGCCGGCCAACGUGGACCGCGCCCGGGAGGAGAUCGAGGCGCACAUCGCCCUGCGCACCGGCGGCCUCAUCGACCUCAACGAUGAGAACGAUUUCCACUGUAACGGGCUGGACUCGGGCUUCGGCGCCGGCCGCCACCACAAGGGCUGGGGCAGGUCGGCGCUGGCCGCCGCCCGCAAGCCGCUCGCCAGCUACCGGGGCAACGGGCCGGCCGCCACGGACUUCUUCUACGGCAAGGCGGCCGAGCAGCACCCGGCGCCCUUCACCAACGGCGUGGUCUUCGGGGAGCCCUACCCGCCCGCCUUCGGCGCCGACGGCCGAGAGCUGGAGCCCCCGGCCGGACCCCUCUGGCCUCACCAGGAGCUGGUGGGGGCCUUGUCGUCGCCCGGGGGCGGAGGAGCGCCCCCGCCCCGCCGGGGCAGCGGUGGGGGUCCCGGGCCGCUGCCCCACCUAUCGCCCACCCUCCCCGAGCCGGCUCUGGCGCCGCCCCACUCGCUGGCCCGCCGGGCGCACGGCGAAGCCCGGGCGGGCAACCCGCCCCCCCAGCCGGCCGCCGGCGCCGCCGCCGCCGCUCCCCCCGGAGGCUCGGCUUCCCCCGGCGCGCCGGCGGGGGGAGGAGGGGGAGGCCGGCACGCCGGCGGCCGGGAGUGUCAGGUGUGCUUCGAGAGCGAGGUGACGGCCGCCCUGGUCCCCUGCGGCCACAACCUCUUCUGCAUGGAGUGCGCCAACCGUAUCUGCCAGCGCAGUAACCCGCACUGCCCCGCCUGCCUCAGCACCGUCACCCAGGCCAUCCGAAUAUUCUCCUGAUCCCCCGCUCCACAACCCCCACACACCCAGCCCUCCACACCCCCCACGCACCCAAACCCCUCUACAUCCCCACACCCAGCCCUCCACACCCCCCACACACCCAAACCCCUCUACACCCCCACACCCCCCACACACCCAAACCCCUCUACACCCCCACACCCCCCACACACCCAAACCCCUCUACAUCCCCACACCCCCCACACACCCAAACCCCUCUACAUCCCCACACCCAGCCCUCUACACCCCACCCCAGCCACACCCCACCCACAACCCUCACCCCUCCACACCCCACACCCCACCCCAGCCACACCCCACGCACAACCCUCACACCUCACACCCCACACCACACCCACGCAACCCCUGCCACACCCAAAUACACCCACCCCUCCACACCCAUACCCCCUACCCACACCCCCAGCCUCCCCACACCAACCUCUCCACCCUUCCUCCCCCCCCCCCCCCCCCCCCCCGCCAGCCAUCCGCUUCAUUUUCUGGUUUGGUGUGUGGCGCCUGAUCAGUAGUCCGGCCGGUAACAAUGUGAAGCAAGUGGCUCCCACUUUUCCCCCUCCCCUGCCUCCCCCGUCCCCCUCAACCAACCGGUGGGUACUGGGCUCCCACUCCACCCCUGCCCUUCCCCGCACUGACGAGCGUUGGGAGGAGGAGACGCCCAGAGCCGGGGGGGUUGGGGGGGGGGGAAGCCAGAAGGUGGGCUUCCCUGAACCGAUUCGCCCUGGCGGGACGUGAGGAGCCAAGUGAGGACCGCUGGGAGGGAUGGAGGGGUGGGGGGCAAAGGUUGGAGCCCCCCCCCCCCGCCCCCAUCCCCGCCCCAGCCCCAGCCCCAGCCUGCUGGAGCAGGAGGCUUGGUCCACAGACACUCGUCAGCGAGGGUUGUGGCGCCGCCCUGGGAAUGGCUGGGGAAGCUGCGAGCGGGCUCCGGACCGGACCGGGGCUUUUCCCGACGCCGCACACCUCCUUGCACCUGGGCCAGAGAACAGUCCUGGGUGGGACCGGCCCCGGCCCCAGCCCCAGCCCCAGCCAGCGAACAAAGCGUCGGCCGAUCUGUUCCGCCUGCCGUGGGUAGACCGCGGGACCAGAGGAUAUUCCAGAAUUCCCGACCGCCCCCCGGUUUUUUUUUUGUACUCAUUAAUUAAUGUCACUGCGGAAUGGGUGACACGGUAUGGUGUCGUAUUUAAGUCCAAUUGAUGAGAGUAAGAAGUAUGUUCCUUGAUUCCUUUUAUUGUGUGGUUAUGUGCUGCUGGGCCUCUAGUGUACUCAUGUCAGACAGCUGGCUCUCUCUCUCUCUCUCUCUCCCCCACACCUGUUCUCUCCCUAUUUCACACCCUCUCUCUCUCUCUCACCCGCUCUAUCUGCCUCCCUGUUUCACACUGCCAGACUCGAGUGUAACCUGCUGCGAUUCUCCGUCGUGUACCAGCACCGGACAGAUUUGCCUUUUGAACUUGAAACCAGUGACACCGCGGGCCAUGUUUGAGCCGGUGUGUGUUACCGGCUGCCCAUAGACUGUAACUCACCAGGUGGGGGU